AUGGAAGAUUUGGAUAUUUCCCCAAAUAUUAAAGAAUUAGUCCCUAAUCAACAAGAUAUAAAUGAAUUUCUAUUAAAAGAUAGGUUAUCAAUUGAUAAUUUUUCAAAUACAAAGACAUUAGACAAUAGCAAUAAUAGUGGUAUCAAUACUAAAAACAAUAUUAAAGAGAAUAUUAAUAAAGAUCAAUAUAAAGACAAUAAUAAUCCCAAGGAAUCUUUAAAAUGCAGUGGUAGUGAUUUAGUUCCAGAGCUAAAAACAUCACAGUCAGAUUUAUUUUUUAACCAAGAUUCAUUAAACUCCUCAAUAUCAUCUAGCCCAAAUAAAAACAACUCAAGCUUACCCAACACAAACACAAACUCACCAAAAUCAAUUGAAACUAACCAAAAAUAUAACUGUACAUUAAAUGCAAGCUUGAAGAAAAAAAUAAAGAAACUAAAAAGAGAAAUUAAAUUAAAACAAAAACUUUUAAAUAAAACAGUUAAAAAAAGAGAGUUAACAAUGUCGGGUGGAAUUACAAAAAGUAGCUCAAUAGAUCCAAAUAAAAAUACAAAUAAUAUUGAAAAAUCAUUAUUAAAAAACUCACUAUCAAAUUCAGCACCUGUAUUUUUCAAUAAUGAUAAAAGUUCUUUAUCCCCUAUUUCAAUCUCUGGUAAUGAUUCAUCUGUAAAAUCAAAUAUCUCUUCUUCAAACUCUUCACCAUCAAUAAAAAUUUCACCAAUGUCAAUAUCACCCAGUAUUUCUAGUCCAGCUGCAAAUAAAAAUAAUUUCCAAAACUUAAAACCUAACUAUUUAAUUAAAAAAGCUAUAUCAUCUAAUCAAAAUAGCCCAACUAUAAAAAAGAAAACAGUUUUAAAUAAGAACUAUAGCAAUAUUAAUUCUCCAAAACCUGUUCAAACUACCCAACAACCUCAAGUACAACAACCAUCUAUCCAAUACCAACCAAUUCAGAACCAACAAUUAAACUUUAAUCAACAAAAACAAAAUCAACAGUUACAUUACCAAUUAUUGCAACAACAACAUUUAAACAACUAUUAUAGCAACUAUUAUAAAAACUACUAUGGUAAUCAAGCAUACUACUAUGACUCUACCCAAAACCCCAACUCUUUUGAUAAUCAACAUGCUUGGGGUCAUCAAGACUCUCAAACCCAACAAUACAACUAUAACUAUUAUAAUCAGUAUCCAUACUAUUAUCAACAACAGCAACAACAACCACAACAACAACCACAACAACAAACUGUUCAACAAUAA